UACGGAUUUAAAUUGUAGUGUCAGUCCAUCAGCCAUUGUCGCACUUACAAACUAUAAUUACAUCAAUAUCGUUCGUUUUAUGUACUGUGCGCUGAUAUCUAUGUCUCGUGAUAAUAAAAUAUAAUAUUAUAUCCACCGAAUAAACUCCGAGUGACUCAUUGCCGCACACAGCGCUGAUCUACCGCGGAACACGUCGCACAUAUCGAAAUAAUAUUAUAAAGACCAUAAUUUAAUAUACACAACCGAAAAACAUUAUGUCUUACGCUUUCGUCUCUGUGUUCGCUAUUACGGUACUGUUGAAUGUCUUCUACUUCGAUCCCACCGAAUCACUGGAAAACAUCGAUGUCUACAGCUCGUGUAAAGAUUGCAUAAAUUCUGUAUGCCACAAGACCGGUCAUAAUUGUGCUCCCACCCGAGAUGGUAGAUUCUUAUGUUUUCAGUGUGGUAAAAAAACUCUUGACCAAGACAAACAGUUCUACUCUGAAAAUUCCUGCAGGAAAGGGUGCGAGGACCCGUCAAAGUGUACUUGUGACGGUCCGUGUUGGGUGUGCGUGUUAAAAGGAGACGCAACUUCGAUGAAUUGUGACAAUCUGGGAUAUGUGUUAGAUAAUAAUUGCCAGGAGGUUCCGUACUAUCCUCAAUGAGGUUAGGUAAAAAAAUAAUUGCAAUGUUAUAAAUAUUUUUUAUAACAUUGCUUAUUUACAACGAUGACUUAAAUAUCAUGUUUUUAAACCUUACAAUACUUUUGCAUACGAUAUUAACCGCUUCAAUGACAUUUUGUCAACCGUUUACCAAAAAUUUGUUUUGUGAUAAAAAAAAUACAUAUAUUAUAUUAUUAUUGUUAUUAAAUUAUUUUUUAUAAUUAAUUUACAGUAUUAUUGUUAUAUUAUGGAAUUAGUGAAGUCCAUAAAUUAUUGUAGUAUUAUAUUUUGUAAUCAAUACAUAUUUUCCAUCAUUUGUAUUAUUGUAUGAAUAUUAAACAUAUUUAUUUUUAUUUUAUCCUUACCGAAAUGCUGAUGCACGCGUUUUUGAAUGUCGAAUGUAGUAAAGAUGUAUCAUGUUGUACAAUCACGAGUUAUAUAAUAAGGUAUCGAAAAAAAGAUUGUAUUCAUUCGAAAACCGAAAUUGAUUAACUAUUGUAAAAUUAUAUUGUGUAACUGGUGUACUUAUACUAUUUUAUUAUGUAUUAUUGCAUGAAUAUUAAAGUAUUACUUUAAGUCAUAUAUUAUAA